AUGUGUAUCACCUUUGGAGAGUAUGAAUUUACGUCCCAGUUGGAGGGGUAUGAGCAAGUCCGCGCAUACUGCCAGAACUGCCGGAACUGGAACGCCCACUGUGUUACUCGCUGGCCAUUUUUUACCAUCUGUUUUCUUCCUCUGAUCCCUCUCUCGACACACAAGUACAAGGAGGUCACAUGCCCCAUCUGCCGGUUUAGUCAAGAUAUGCAGGCUCGACCUGAUAUCACUCCUGAUACCCGGCCUCCACCUGCUAACGGCCAAUGGGGUCCCGGACCGGGUCCGCAGGCACCCCCGCAGGCACCCCCGCAGGCUCCCCCACAGGCUCAUGGUGGUAUUCACAAACUGCCGGCUGAGCAGCAGCCACAGCCACAGGAAUACAUGAACUACAAAUGA